CGCGAGAGUGCAGUCAGAUAUUUCGAAGCACUGGCUACUUUUGGAACUUGAGUAGAAGGAACGGAUAUAGUUUCUUCGGAAGUUCUUCCAAAGUUUGUAGACGACUUUGAUUUAGCGAUGGAGAGCGUGCGGCUUCUUCUGUUCACUGGAGUGCUUCUUGUUUUACAACCUCUAGUUAGCUCGCACGGCUGUCAUAUAGGAGAACCAAGUCCGUACUGUUGCAACAGUCAGCCAUGUUGUGCAAGCAAUGAGGUUUGCUGUAACGGUCAGCCAUACAACCCCCAGACCCACGAAUGUUGCGAUGCGGCUAUUGUUGCAAUAGGAUCUUGUUGUAACAGUCAACAGUUCAACCCCCUGACCCACGAAUGCUGCGAUGCUACUAUUGUCACAAAGGGAUCUUGUUGUAACGGCCAGGUAUACGAUCCAUUGACAAAUAAGUGUUGCGGUGGUUCCUUGUUUCCAUCAUGGCUAGGUUGUUGUAACCGUGAGCCAUACAACCCCCAGACCCACGAAUGCUGCAGCACGUCCAUUGUCACAAAAGGAACUUGUUGUAACGGUCAGUCAUACAACCCUCAGACCCAUGAAUGCUGCAAUACAGCUAUUGUAACAAUAGGCUCUUGCUGUAACGGUCAACCAUACAACCCUCAGACCCAUGAAUGCUGCAAUACAGCCAUUGUGCCUAUAGGUUCUUGCUGUAACGGCCAACCAUACAACCCUCAGACCCAUGAAUGCUGCAAUACAGCCAUUGUGCCUAUAGGUUCUUGCUGUAACGGCCAACCAUACAACCCUCAGACCCACGAAUGCUGCAACACAUUUAUUGUCGCAAUAGGAUCUUGCUGUAACGGUCAACCAUACAACCCUCAGACCCAUGAAUGCUGCAACACAUUUAUUGUCGCAAUAGGAUCUUGCUGUAACGGUCAACCAUACAACCCUCAGACCCAUGAAUGCUGCAAUACAGCUAUUGUGCCUAUAGGAUCUUGCUGUAACGGUCAGGUAUACGAUCCAUUGACAAAUAAGUGUUGCGGUGGUUUUUUGAUUUCGUCUUGGCUAGAUUGUUGUAACGGUCAGUCCUACAACCCCCAGACUCAAGAAUGCUGCGGCACAUCCAUUGUCACUAAAGGAACUUGCUGUAAUAAUCAACCCAUAAAACCGAACUUCGAAGGAUGCUGUGCAAACAAUCCUUUUAUUCUGACCACCCAAGAGUGUUGUGGCAGUACUGUAAUCAAUAAAGGUUCUCAAGCCUGCUGCAACGGCCAGGCAUAUAACCCAUCUGUAUACGUUUGCUGUGGAGGGACGCUUUACCUUAAAGCGUACAACGUAGCUUGUUGCGGUAACAGCCCAAUCUACCAGGCUACAUCUGGUUGCUGCAAUGAUAAGUCAUUCAGCUUGGAAAGCGAAGAAUGUUGCCUGGGCAACGUUGUACCAAAAGGUUCGUGUCAUCUUUGCGGCAAUAUACAGUACGAUCCAUCUUUUGCUAUUUGCUGUGGAGACAAACUCUACGAAAUGUUGCCCAAUAGCCAGUGUUGUGGCAGCAUUCUCAUCAACACUGUUUAUUUGGGGUGCUGUGCUGGUAAUCCUUAUUCUCUUUCAACACAGGAGUGUUGCAAGAACACAGUCGUUAACAGAGGAUCAUGUUGUAACAACUGCCUUUACGAUCCAGCCACUCAAAUAUGCUGUGGAGGGAGUCUAUAUUCGAGGACAGAGUAUGACCAAUGUUGUGGAAAUGCUCCAUAUAAUUCGUUUGCGUACGAAUGUUGCCUUGGAAAUAUCGUUCCAAAGGGCAAUUGCCAGCUAUGUAACAACCAACCAUACAACCCAGCCUCUCAAAUAUGUUGUGGGGGAACUAUCUAUUGGAAAACACAAUAUGAUCAAUGUUGCAGCAAUUCCCCUUACAAUUCUUUUGCUUACGAAUGUUGCCUAGGCAACAUUGUCCCAAGGGGCAACUGUCAUCUAUGUAACAACCAACCAUACAACCCAGUCAGUCAAAUAUGUUGUGGCGGCACUAUCUAUUUGAAAGUGCAGUAUUACCAAUGUUGUGUUAAUUCCCCGUACAAUUCUUACACGCACGAGUGUUGCCUGGGCAAUAUUGUUUCAAAGGGCAAUUGUUAUUUGUGUAACAACCAACCAUACAACCCAACCAGUCAAAUAUGCUGUGGUGGAAAUAUCUAUUGGAAAUCACAGUUCGACGACUGUUGUUCAGGCAACCCAUACAACUCUGCAACCCAAGAGUGCUGUGGAUCAACGGUGGUGAACAAAGGGAGCUGCUGCAAUAACCAACCUUUCGACCCAGCAACAACCACCUGUUGUGGAGGGUAUAGGAUUCCAAAGGACUCGGCCGUGGUUGGAUGCUGCGCCUAUACCGUGUACAACAAAAAUACGCACAUAUGCUGCGCUGGCGCCAUCUAUCCUAAAGACACUUGUAUCUGCUGCAACGGAACUCCGUGUAAUACGCAAACUCAGCAGUGCCUGAAUAACCAAGUGGUCCCCUGCGAUGGUACUUGUGACCCUAACGCCGUCGUUAAUCCACCGCCCCACCAGCCCAUCCCAGGGUUUGAAAUGUUACCAGAUGGCGUGAUUCUCUUACCAUAGACAUCUUACGUUGACUUACCAUGACUUGAGGCAACAAACCAAUUAGAAUUCUUCUUCAAAUAAAUGUUAGAAUUCAACUUUAAAUAAAUGAAAAUCUGGGCAGUAAAAUGUAAAUAAUUACAUCUUUUUUUGCUCAGUGAUUGUGAAAUGGUUUUUAUUUGCAUAACAAACAAGGGCAAAGGUGAGGAUUAAGUUCUGAAAUGUUGCGAAAGCAAGAAAAAAGUCUUAACAUUAUGCCAACAAAAUAAUUUAACCUAUUGAUGCUUAUGGUUGAUGUUUUUAGUUAAAGCUCUGAAGUGAAGUGGGUAAUUUCUGGUGAUAACAUUUAUAUUAUAUUAUAUUAUAUUAUAUUAUAUUAUAUUAUAU